GUCCUCCUUUCCUGCUUUGGUGUCUCUCCUGCAAGGGCUGCGUCUCUGUCCCCUCCCUCCUGGGAUGAUCGGGAUCUGCUAGAGCUUCUCGUUAAGAGGGACAGAACUUGGCAGAAGACCAAAGGGUUCCUUCCGAUCUCUUAGAGGCUUCCUUAAAGCACAGAUGGAUGAGCAAGACUCAUCUGGCCCUGAAGCAGGAAGAGGCCAUGCCAUCCAAACUGGGAGCAGUGGGGAAUUCUGGGAAAGGUCUGUGCAGAAGAUUCUGGUUGAGGAGGACACCCUCCGCUCAGAGGUGCAGAGCCAGCAGUUGAGGCAGUUCUGCUGCCAGGAGGCUAAAGGACCCCGAGAGGUUUGCAGCCGACUCUACCACCUUGACCGUCAGUGGCUGAAGCCAGAAAGGCACACGAAAGCUGAGAUGCUGGACCUGGUGAUCUUGGAGCAGUUCCUGGCUGUCCUUCCCCCGGAGAUGGAGAGCUGGGUGAGGGACUGUGGAGCAGAGACCAGUUCCCAGGCGGUGGCCCUGGCCGAAGGUUUCCUCCUGAGUCAGGCAGAGGAGAGAAAGCAGGAAAUGGAUCCAUUUGCAGAAAUGGACCAGGAUUCCUGUGAGGCAGAGAGGCCUCCGUUGAAAACGAGAGAGAAGCCACUGGGUGACAGAAUGAUGCUGGCAAGACCUCCUGAUCCGUCUUUUCAUGGGGGCAGAAGGGAAACAGCGGCUGUGGAACCAGAUCAGGGUCCAGUGUGCUUUGAAGAUGUCGCUGUUCGUUUCACGAAGGAGGAGUGGGCGUUGCUGGAUCCUGACCAGAAAGCUCUACAUAAGGACGUCAUGGAGGAGAAUCGUGGGAUCGUGGCCUCUCUUGAUUGUGAUGAAUUGGAAAUCGAUAACAAGGGAGACAACAAAAUCCCCAGAGAGGAGAAGCGAUGUAAAAAUUUGGAGUAUGCAGAGAGCUGCAGUCAGAGCUCCCAUUCCACUUCUCAACAAAGAAAUCUCAUUGGAAAGAAACCCUAUCAGUGCGUGGAAUGUGGAAAGAGCUUCCGUCGGAGCACCGAUCUCACUUCCCAUCAAAGAAUUCAUACAGGGGAGAAACCCUAUCAGUGUGUGGAAUGUGGAAAAAGCUUCCGUUGGAGCACCAAUCUCACUAUCCAUCAAAGAAUUCAUACAGGGGAGAAACCCUAUCAGUGCGUGGAAUGUGGAAAGAGCUUCCGUCGGAGUGCUGAUCUCACUAUCCAUCAAACAAUUCAUACCAUGGAGAAACCCUAUCAGUGUGUGGAAUGUGGGAAAAGCUUCCGUCGGUGCGCCGAUCUCACUAUCCAUCAAAGAAUUCAUACAGGGGAGAAACCCUAUCAGUGUGUGGAAUGUGGUAAGAGCUUCAGUAUGAGCUCCCAUCUCACUUCCCAUCAGAGAAUUCAUACAGGGGAGAAACCCUAUCAGUGUGUGGACUGUGGAAAGAGCUUCACUCAUAGCUCCCAUCACACUUUCCAUCAGAGAAUUCAUACAGGGGAGAAACCCUAUGUGUGCUUAGAAUGUGGAAAGAGCUUCCGUCGGAGCACCGAUCUCACUUACCAUCAAAGAAUUCAUACAGGGGAGAAGCCAUAUCAGUGCAUGGACUGUGGAAAGAGCUUCAGUACGAGCUCCAAUCUCACUAAGCAUUCUAGUAUUCAUAGAGGGGAGAAACCCUAUCAAUGCAGGGAAUGUGGAAAGAGCUUUAAUCAGAGUGGCAAUCUCACUUCCCAUCAAAGAAUUCAUACAGGGGAGAAACCCUAUCAGUGUGUGGAAUGUGGAAAGAGUUUCAUUAAGAGCACCAAUCUCACUUCCCAUCAAAGAAUUCAUACAGGGGAGAAAGCCUAUCGGUGUGUGGAAUAUGGAAAGAGCUUCAUUGGGAGCACCGAUCUCACUCCCCAUCAGAUAACUCAUACAGGAGAGAAACCCUAUCAGUGCAUGGAAUGUGGAAAGAGCUUCAGUCAUAGAUCCUCUCUCAUUUCCCAUCAGAGAAUUCAUACAGGGGAGAAACCCUAUCAGUGUAUGGAAUGUGGAAAGAGCUGCAGUACGAGGUCCGAUCUCACUAAGCACCACAGAAUUCAUACAGGGGAGAAACCCUAUAAGUGUGUGGAAUGUGGGAAGAGUUUUAGUCAGAGCCACAGUCUCACUUCUCAUCAACGAAUUCAUACAAAGGAGAAACCCUAUCAGUGUGGGGAAUGUGGAAAGAGCUUUAGUCAGAGUGGCCAUCUCACUUUCCAUCAAAGAAUUCAUACAGGGGAGAAACCCUAUCAGUGUGUGGAAUGUGGAAAGGGCUUCAUUGAGAAGUCCAAACUCACUUCCCAUCAAAGAAUUCAUACAGGGGAGAAACCCUAUCAGUGUGUGCAAUGUGGAAAGAGCUUCAGUAAGAACUCCUCUCUCACUUCCCAUCAAAGAAUUCAUUCAAAGGUCGAAAAUACCAUUAUGCAGCUUUAGGAGCUAAGCAAAUACGGACCUGUUUAACCAGGCCUUUGGCUGAUCUAAUGCCCUUUUAAAAUGUGGUGGGGACGGGAGUUACAGAUGUGUAUUUUGUAUUUUUAUAUUGUGUUUUUACGUUGUAACCGUCCUGAGACCUGUGGGUGUAGGGAAUUGGACCCAACUCUUAGAGGCCGAGGGGUCUUUGCCUCCAUAAAAUAAUUGAGGGGGCAACCCCCCAGUUGAUAGGUAUUGCCAUUCCAGUGAUAUGCAUGUAUCAUGUGAUUGAUUGUGGAAGGUGGGCCUUAGCUGCCCCCCCCACAAUAUUUUAUUCAAGUUGGCACCACUGGGUCAGGUGGUAUACAAGUUAAAUAAAUACAUAAAUCCCCUUCCUUUGCACAUGUUCUAACUUGUCAAUAUCCUUAUUUAUUAUCAUUUUUAAAAAUGAUGUGCCCUUCAUCUGAAGAUAUCACAACAGAAACAUACAGGAUGAAAGCAUGACUUUCUCAAAAACAAGUGAAGCUAGAGAAAUCUCUCCUUCACCAACAACCCCCUCCUCUUCCCAGGGUGGGUUUAUAUAGUCCUCCUAACUCUGCCCCCUAGGGUUCUAACUGGAUUAUCCCUUUAACUCCUUCUAUGCUGUCCCUAAAUUUGGGGUGAUCGUCACAGGAGGUGACAACAGUUGGUGCAAUAAUUAGCAAAUGGAAGAAACACAAAAUAACUGUCCAUUUCCCUCGGUCUGGGGCUCCAUGCAAGAUCUCAUCUCAUGGAGUUGCAAUGAUCAGGAGAACGGUGAUGAAGCAGCCCAGAACUUGUG